CCGCGGCUGAAAUUCCCCCGGCGGCCGGGGAGCCCCUCCAGUCCCGGCGUAUUUGCGGGAGGGAGCCACGCUAUAGGAAGGGCGGAAGACAGGGAAAGAAGGCAGGGAGGGGGUGCCAGCACAGCCCAGAGCGGCCUCAUCCCCACUCACUCCUCCCACCAAUGCGUGGUGCCUCUUAACCCCUGGGAACCUCCCUCCCCCAAAGCAUUACUCCACUUUGCAGAACACGAGUUGAUGAGAAAAAAAAUACUUCUCGGCCGCUGCCAGCCAUGAGCUGUUUGGAUGUUAUGUACCAAGUCUACGGUCCUCCCCAGCCCUACCUCGCAGCAGCCUACAGCCCCUACCACCAGAAACUAGCCUUUUACUCCAAAAUGCAGGAAGCCCCGGAGAGCGGCAGCAGCGCCAGCGCCGGCAGCUCCUUCUCCAGCCACCCCGCGGCCAGCAUCAAGGAGGAGGACUGCAGCCCCGAGAAGGAGCGACCCCCUGAGGCCGAGUACAUCAGCUCCCGCUGCGUCCUCUUCACCUACUUCCAGGGGGACAUCAGCGCCGUGGUGGAUGAGCACUUCAGCCGGGCGCUCAGCCAGCCCAGCAGCUUUUCCCUCGGCAGCGCGAAGGCGGCGCGGAACGCGGGCUCCUGGCGGGAUGGUUCCUUCCCGAUGAGCCAGCGCAUCUUCCCCGCCUCCUUCUGGAACAGCACGUACCAGCCCUCCUCGGUCCCGGCCAGCCUGAGCAGCCCCCUGGCAGCCGCCGCCCACAGCGAGCUGCCCUUCUCUGCCGCCGACCCCUACGCGCCCGCCUCUCUGCACGGCCACCUGCACCAGGGCGGCCCCGAGCCCUGGCACCACGCGCACCACCACCACCACCACCACCACCACCACCCCUACAUCGGGACGCAGGGCACGGCCUACCCCCGCCCCGCCGCCAUGCACGAGGUCUACGGGCCCCACUUCGACCCCCGCUACGGCUCGCUGCUGGUCCCCCCCCCCCCCCCCCGCCCGCACCGCCUCACCCCCGCCUCCGUGUCCACGCCGGUCAGCCCCCCCUGCGAACUGGGCAAGAGCGAAGCGGGCGCUGCUGCGGCCUGGACGACACCGGGCCCCUUCCCCAACGCAACAGGAGACAUGGCUCAGAGCAUUGGCCUCAACGUGGACACAGGUUUGCAACCUCAGGACAAAAGCAAGGAUCUGUACUGGUUUUAGAGCUGUCCUUCACUCUUCUUCCCUUGGCUCUUCCCUCUAGCUCU